GUGGUAGCACGGUAUACGUUUUUCUACUCCAAAUGUACUAUGAAUCAUGAACAUUUGUAUAUUAAAAUCUUCUUGUAUUCUUAACGAAGGACCAGUAAAAAAAGCAACUCGGUAGAUUCACGAAGAGUACGAUGCACCAAACGGAUAAGAGGCGUCCCUCCCUCUGAUACAAAACAGUUGAUAUUGACAGCUCUCGCCUCGAUCCGGGAUAACCUCUUGGUCCAAUCGACAGCCAGCGACAACUCUUGUCACGUCUAUACUCAACGAUUGCCAAAACGUUUUGCAAGAAUGGCGUGUCUUUUAUUGAACCAGGAAAAUGUGCACAUUAAGAUACCUUCAGCUGUCACUGUCGUCGGUAUCACUUAUUAUUGUAUCGAGGUUAGGAUUGCUUCGAUCAAAUGGACAGUAAAACACAGGUACAAUGAAUUUUCUGAGCUUCAUGAUAAACUUGUCUCAGAGAAUUAUGUUAAAAAAGAUAUAUUGCCACCAAAGAAACUUAUCGGUAAUAAGUGUGAAGCUUUUGUAGAAAAACGUAGACUAAGCUUAGAGGUCUACCUAAAUGAAGUAUAUAGCUAUUUAAAGAAAGCAAUGCCUAGGGAAUUGGCUGUAUUUCUGGAUAUGCACACAUAUGAUAUAUUUUUCCUACUACAGAGUAUGGCUUUAAAAUUUUUUAUAGAAGGUGAAAAUUUGUUACAAAAAUCCAAAACCUACAAGUUUAAUGUAAUACAGUUGUAUGCAAUCAGUGAAAGAUUGAAACAGCCUUGUCCGCCACUUGAAGCUGUUGACAAAAAAUAUCAAUUCAAUCAUGUUUUGGAUUUUAAUUCUCAUUUAACUGGUCUCAUCAUUGAAGGGAGCUCAGAGCCUUAUAGAACUAGCAAUAUUUAUUCCUCUUCAAUGUCAAUUGAACUAUCAAGUUUUAGGAAUAUAGAAGAGUUAAUCAUCAAUAGAUAUCCAAUGGAUAAUAUAUACCACAUGGGUAAUGUUCGAGAUACUGUGAAAUAUUUAAAAGUGAACAAUACGAAGCUCAGAAACAUUGUUGAAAUGGCAAUGUGUGAAGAAGUGCAUAAAAGUAUUGAAAAUGCAAAUGAUUCACAUGUCUGGUUUAAAGUCACACACCUAGAUCUAAGUGAUAACCGAAUAGAGACUAUAGAUGAAGCGAUUAAACUUUUACCGCAUAUAGAAUGCUUAACGUUAAAUAAUAAUUUGCUCUCAGAGAUUUCCAACAUCACUUUAUUACCGAGAUUGUCCCAGUUGUAUUUAGCGUCGAACAAUUUCACAACACUACCUGAUGAUCUGCAUACGAAACUCGGUUAUAUCGUGUACAUCGACUUGUCUCAGAACAAAUUAACAUCGUUGUCGAGUUUCUCGAAAUUGUAUUCAUUAGAGGGUUUGGACGUGAGUUGCAAUCGUAUCGAGAAAAUCGAAGAAGUGAAAAAUAUUGGCCACCUCCCUUGUUUAGAAAAUUUAAGAUUGACUGGCAAUCCUGUAUCGACAAUAGUCGAUUACAGAGUGAAAGUAUUGGAACCAUUUGGAAAAAGAGCAGCAGAUAUUUGUUUAGAUAAUGAAAAACCUAAUCAAAAGGAAUUAGACACAGUUUCUGUUCACCAAGCCUUGCGUAUUGCAAGAGAAGGGAAAUCACCUACAUUCACUGCAUCAGAUGCACCUUUGUUUUCUGCAGAGAUUCCGAGCUUAUAG